AUGAAGUUGAUGGAAUUUAUGAGGUUACAAAAGAAUAUUAGCGUUUGCCGCUUAUGUACAGAGUCUCUAAACUCGGAGAACGCGACACCUUCCUGUUGCGAACACGUCUUUCACAUUAACUGUCUCAAAAAGUGGACUGAGGAACACAAAUCAGAGAGCCAUUGUAGAUGCCCUAUAGAAACUUGUGGUCGGACUUAUUCGGCUAUAAGUGUUCGGAAUUCAAUUGGUGGUUCAAUACGGGAGAACAUAUCGCUUACUGUUGAGAACCAGUGUCCUAUUUGUUGUGAGGAAAUCCAACCCCCCGUCGCAGUUCCAGAAUCCUGUAACCAUCAGUUUUGUGUUACGUGUCUAAGCGAAUGGGCCAAAGUUCGUCAUGAGUGUCCUCUUGAUCGUGGUCCUUUUGAACUGAUGCUUCUAUCUUCAUACAUUGGUGGGCCAAUCAUUGAGCGGAGGCCUCCUCCACCUGCUUUUGUGCCACCGCCGGAGGAGGAGGACACUACGGAAUGUGAAAUUUGUCAUUCGCCGGAAGAUGAGGCAUAUCUGCUAUUGUGUGAUGGUUGUGACAAAGGAUAUCACACGUACUGCUUGCCCAACCCUCUUUCCGAAAUCCCAGAAGGAGACUGGUUUUGUCCUAAUUGUGAAUGUGACCGCGUUCAAACGCGGCAAGGGGAGAAUUCUAUGGCUGUCAUGCCCUCUCGUCGCACUGGACGCCGAUCGCGAUUUCGUAAUCUGCCUACUGACCUUUCGGCGGAGGAGAUCAGUAAUUCAGAGGCGUCUGAAGACGGUGGAGAUGUAGAAGAUAUGGGUUCCUGUUUCUACCUUUCUACACAGUCUCAGGAACGUCUUACUCACAUCGCAGAACGACGCCAUCGGGGCACAGGUCUGUUGCGUGAUCUCAUUGAACACCUCUCAGUCAGAGCUGAGAGAGAGCAGCAAGAGCGGCGGCGCAACCGAAGACUGCGCCAGAGGCGUCGCGUACAUUUGGGGGAGUCUUUUAGCGAAUCGCAACUUUCGGCACGAAGUGUUGCUCCAUUACCUUUGGUGAGUCAUUUCGGCUCCUUACAGUUUUGA